AACCACGGAACGUGGAUAGUUCCUAAAAUGGCGGCGGUUUCUGCCAGUGUUGAGUGAAACUUUCUUCAUUUUAGCUAAUAUUUGGCGCUUUUCUAACGCGUUCUGUCGACUGCGGGCACGUGUUUAGUAAUAUAAACUUUAUCGCGACACAGAGGCGCGUGACAGCGGUCGUUAGGGGACAGCGACGUCAUCCUGGGUUCCGUUUUUGAUCGACAAACCGCUGGGCUUCCCUCGAAGUUGACGGUGGCUGAGUGCCUGACAUUGCGAUCAUACCGACUGUUGUUGUCAUCAGAUAGCUGAACGCGGAACCAUCAGCUGAGACCAGACGUCGCCGAGUAGCUAGCUAACGAUUCGAUUCGGCGGACGGAGUUAGGGCAGGUCGAAGAUCUCGAGGCCGUGUCACGUCAGCUGUCAGUGGGAACAGAGAGGUAGUGUUGGAUGUCACCACGGCGCAGUGUCAGGCGGGAUUUGGUUUGCUAGCAUCGUCCAUCCUGGCAAAUCAAAUGGAGAAGCUCCAGGACCUUAGCCAAUCAGAGCUACAGGAUCUCCUGGACAACCCGGACAGGGUGGAGUCUAUGGCUCUGGAGUCUGAUGAGAUUCAGAAUAUUCAGUUGGAGAGAGAGAUGGCACUGGCAGCAAAUCGCAGCCUGGCUGAGCAAAACCUGGACAUGAAGCCUCGCCUGGAGUCUCAGAAGGAGGUGCUGGUGGAGAGAUACUCUCAGCUGGAGGCUGUCAGAGAAACCUACAGACAGCACUGCUCCAUGAGAGAUGGGAUGGUGGGUCAGGUGUCUCCAGAGGCGUUGUUCUCCAGACUACAGACAGAGGGCAGCAAAACCGAGGCAGAGUCAGAGGCUCUGGCUGAUGAGUUUCUGGAGGGCUCUCUCCCAUUGGAUUCCUUCCUCGACCGCUUCCUCUCCCUGCGUUCCCUCGCUCACAAAAGACGGGUGCGGAUAGAGAAACUCCAGGACAUCCUGCGACAGAGGAGCGAGGGCAAUCCCACCACCAUGACAUCAUCAGUAGGCGUCAGCCAGGACCCCGCCACCACACCCUCCCCGUGGGAUCAACAGACAACAACCGCGACGACGACAAAUCAGCAGCAGCCGAACUCCAAACCUCAGUCCUCCAGUUACCAAAACGCCUCUCAGCCGGCGUCCUCGUCCGCAGGGUGCUCCUCCGGCCUCCCCUACAGUCCCUACCCUGUCUCCCCACCCAACCCUCCCCCUGCAGCAGCGGCGGCAGCGGCAGGCUCCGGUCCGGCCAACCCCUCGUCACAGUUCCCUCCCUACCCAGGUUCCGGCUCCCCUUUCGCCCCAGCAGGGAGCUACCCCAGCCCCAGGCCCGCUUUUGGGCCCGUGGCUUCGGCCUCCUGCCCUUACCCGACCCAACCCUCAUUCCCUGCCCCACACCCAGGCUCAGCGUUUGGCCAGUACACCCCCAGCCACCCCCAGAGCGGCCCCGCACCCUACCCGGCCUCCUACAGCUACGGCGGCUACAGCUACCCCGCCGGGCCCAGCUAUUCCAAUUCUCAGUCACCAACGGGGAGACCCAUCUACAGACCAGGAUAUGGAGUUCCACAGCCAUACUCCUGAAAGCACUACUGCUCCUAUGUCUCAAAUCUUCUUCUCAAUCCUUCCCUUCCUCACUGUCUCCCCCUUCUCUCCUCCCUCCCAGAGCUCUCUCUCUCUCUCCUUUGUCUUUUUACCUUUUCUGCCCUCCCUCUUCCUGUCCACCAUACUCCCAGAUUCAACAGGUGUCUUGCUUUACUUAUCUUUGUUGCACUAUUUCUAUGUCUCUCUCUCUCUCUCUCUCUCUGUCUCUCUCUUCUUUCUCUUUCUCUCUCUUUCUCUUUCCUUUUCCCUCCCUCUGUCAUCCUAUAACCCCCCACUAGUCUCAGGUUGUUGCGUUGUGUUUAAAUGUUAAAACACUUGUAUAUGGCCCAUCAUGCACUCACUCUCCUCCUUGUCUCCAUCACUCCCUUUUACCUGAUCUUCCAUUUCAAGUGUGUGUGUGUGUGUGUGUGUGUGUGUGUGUGUGUGUGUUGCUAUUUGGCAAUCAGACAGACCUUACAAACACACAAGUGCACCCCACAAGACAAAAACAUGACAGAGAUCAGUGUUUGUAACACAACAUCAGUGUCCAGUAGCUCUGUGACCAGAAUCUGUCAGCUUCACAUUGUUAUUCAAGAGCACAGUCUGCACGGAGAAGCAGCUCCUGAUGGAAGGUUUACGUCCUAGUUUUAUCUCCACAGGGGCUCAGUGGACGAGUGAGUGGCUGUCACAGUAUGGCUCCUACAUUAGGUUCAUUUAAUAUGCAGGGUUUGAGCUGUAGCUGCCUCGUAUAUCGGCUCUUCCAGGCUCCAAACAUAGACGUGUCAGGUGAUAAGAGUGGCAGGUAAAGUUCAUGAUACACAGUUACCUGUGGACAGUGGGCAGAAGAUUCACCAGUAAGUCCAGAAACCAGUCACUCUUUAUUUUCUUUAACCAAAGACAAUGACACUGCUUUGUUUUGUUUCCUUGAAUUUAACAUUGACAGAUGAAGUGAACUGCAGAGUUUGUUGCUCAGGCAAAGCUGACUGUUGAACUACUGUAGCUGACGAGCUAACUGCUAACACACUGGGAACUAGACAGCAGCCCCAGCUACAGGUGUCCUCUCUCUUUUAGCUCUGUUUUUGGUCUCUUAUGGAUUUCAAAGGGAUAUCUGGUUGUUUAGCUGCUAAAUACUCCACUGCGCUCGGUCUCUACGAGCUGUGUCUGUCUGCUGUUUGCCGCUGAACCAGAUAGUGCUUCAUCAGAGCUUUUCUCUGAAAACAGCUGCUGCUGCUGCUGCUGGAUAAAUGGUUGGUGUGGGUGGAGUUUAGCAAUGUGCUAAAGGAGGUAUUUGAAAGAGCAUGGUAAUAAUAGUUAGUGGGUUUGUCACUGCAAGCGACACCUUUUACUGCAGCUUAAAGAAAUGGAUGUCCUUCCUGUUUGUAGUGAAUUCAAAUGUUUAAGACCUCCCCAAGAUUUUAUCUCCAUUUCUUGGUGCAGCUGGACACAGAGGCAGCUUUCAUUUCCAGUUGUUUGCAGAUGUUUGGUACCAUCUGUUUGUAGUUUCAAACCGCUAGGAAGACAAAGUGAGACAGGAGCACUAGCAGAUGAUUUUAAAAUGUUAUAGCAUGUGUUGCUGUAGAAGGCAUCUUAGAUUGCCCACUUGUCCGAUGAAGUAUUUCUGAGUCUUACGGCUGUCUUCACCUUUCAGAAGCUUGGGUCCCCCGUUUAGGAGACCUGGAGGUGGGAUUAGACCAGGCCAGGCCUGUGUAUCAACAAAUCCCCUCUGAUGAAGUGUGUGUUAAAACCUCACAGUCUUCUGUGUGUUAGAGGUGAAAUAUAGAUAGUGUGGUGUGCUGUCCUCAUCUCGCUCACCCUCCUCCUCUGUCCUCACCUCCGCUCCUCCUCUCUACAUCUGCUUGUUGAACAUGAACUGAUGCUUGACAAUGAUUACCAGAAGAAUAUAGUUUUAUUUCUAUAAGUUCACACUAUCAGUGAGAAUACAUGUGGUCUGUAUAGUUCUAUUGAGUGAAAAUAUAAAGGUUGGCGAUCAA